AUGGAAGGUCACUCUUUUGAAGAAAUAAAAUCAAAAUGGGAUGUUAUCUUUAAAGAUCCUCUGCUUUCUUUAACUUCCUUACGAGAGAAGGGUGUCAGAGGUAACAUUUGUUCAGUCGGUUUAAGAUCGGUCUGUUGGAAGAUCUAUCUGGCGUUUUUGCCGAGUUUAGAUAUCACAACUUGGACAUUGACUCUUCAUAAAGAACGUCAGCACUAUGCAGAUCUUCGUCAAAAGUACAUUACCAGUCCAACUUCCGAAUCUGAAAAUGAUGGUUCUGUUAAUGAUUUGAGUGUCAAUAAUCCGUUAUCAUUGGAUCAAGCCAAUCCUUGGCAAGAAUAUUUUAAGGAUACAGAAUUGCGAAAGAUUAUUCGGCAAGAUGUGGAACGAACGUUUCCGGAUAAUGAGUAUUUCCGUGAUCCAGAGAUUCAGAGUCGACUACUAGAUAUUCUUUUUAUAUAUUGUAAGAUGAAUACGGAUGUAUCAUACCGUCAGGGAAUGCAUGAAUUAUUAGCUCCAAUACUGUGGGUGGUUGAUAAAGAAAGCUUAUCUAGCGCAAACGGGUACGCUGUAGAAAACGAUGAAGACGCAAUAAUUAAACAAACGUUAAAUGCUAGUUUUGUGGAGCAUGAUACUUUCGCACUGUUUUCUGCACUAAUGAAAUCGGCAAAAGUUAAUUACGAAUAUAACGACGAGCGUCCGCAAAGCACUGAACAAGACAAUUCUAGGAUUAUCAAAGAAGCCCAAGCAGAGGCAGCCAAGUUAACGCCGGUGGUCAUGAGAUGCAGUAAGAUUCACGAAGAAUAUCUAAAAACGAUCGAUCCCGAAUUACAUAUGCAUUUGAAAGAUUUAGAAAUUGAACCUCAACUAUAUGGAAUACGUUGGAUAAGACUUCUUUUCGGACGUGAAUUUAACCUAGAUAAAGUCCUAAUACUAUGGGAUGGAAUUUUCGCAGAAGAUCCAACUUUGAGAAUUGUGGAUUUCGUAUGUGUAGCAAUGAUGCUUUUGAUUCGUGAUGAAUUGCUUGAUUCUGAUUAUGCUGGAUGUUUAAGCAUGUUGAUGCGAUUCCCUACUAUAAAUGAUGUUGAGGUACUUAUACCACAGGCGAUAUAUCUUAGGGACCAUUUAUCUCAGGAAGGUGGUGAGCAUAUUAUACAGCAAAAUGCAAUUAGAUUAGGAAAACCCAUUAUAACACUUCCAAUCUCAAUUAAACGUGAACCCGCGAGAAUUGAAGAUUUGGUCAGUGUGACUAAAAAUGUUUUGGAGAGUCGUGGUGCUGCGAUGAUUAAUAAAGCCAUAUCAGCGUAUGAGCGAAAACGACGAAAUUUGUCGGAUUUCUCACCAAGAUAUCAAGAUAUAUCACAUGAUCCAUUACAUUCGGAUGGUUCGCCUCAACAAAAUAAAAUCAUUCAUUCAAAUCAAUCAGAUCAGUUUAGUCAACAAAAAUAUUAUUUGGAAGAAAUAACAAAGCUACGGGAGCAAAAUCGUCAGAUGAAUACUGUUGUACAAAAAGUCAUUGACAUUCUUGAAUCGAAAUCGAAGGAAGAUGCCGAUAAAAUCGAAAAAAGUUCCGAAGGAUCGACAUCUCGAUCGUCAUUUGAGUAUAUUGCAGGCAAUAACCAUGAAGAAUCAAGCGUUAUCACACCUUCCAACGAUAUUUCUCAUGUGUUGCAGGGACUCAAACACAUUAGAGAUGUACUAAAUGGAUCAAGAGAAUUAAAUCCUCACAUCCUAGACUCGCCGUCAGGUAAUAUCCAUGAGGAUCAUGAAUAUUGGGAAGUUCUUAGUAUGUCUGGAACGGAAUAUGAAAAUGCCUCUGUCUGCAGAGAUGCUAAACCGAAACAGGAAAAUAAUGUACCUGAUAUUCCCAAAAAACCAAUUACAGAGCCUGUUUCUGCCAAACCAGUUUCGAUUCCUCGUUCGAGUCCGACAACCCUUCCAUCGAUUCCAGCCCAGUCUUCUGUUGAAGGUUCACCGCCAUCAUUGUCAUCGUUGCCGAAGUCACCUCAAAAAUUGCAUCCAUCGUCAGACAAUAAUAUCAGCUCCACAAGCAUAUUUGAUUUAGAAUCUCGAGCUUUUGCUAAUGAAAGAUCAUCUCCGACACCAAAAACAUCAAGAGUAAUAACGCCUGCGCCAAAAGCCACAAAACCAUUCACAAGGUCCAAAUUAAAACUAGAGGAUAUCUUGGAUGAAAUAGAAAAUGACGAUACUGAAGGAUCGAAAUCAUCUAUCUCAUCCAAUGCGAAAUACAGCUGGAUGGUUGAAGGUCUCACGGAUGACAACGAAAAUUCACUCUUUAACCCUAAACGGGCUAGUGUCAGCAGCAUUAACAGUUUUUCUAGUUAUGCAUCUGGUCCUGGCUCAGAAUAUGCGAAUGAAGACGAUUAUUAUAAGAAAAUAUUAUCAGCUCCAUCAACACAAAGACGCUCACGAAGUUCAACUGCAGUUACAACACCUUCUACUUUUGAUCCUCUAAGUGAAUUAUCCUCUCCACAAGAUAAUGAUGAAGAAAAAGAUAGAAAUGAAAAUUUUGAAACAAUUUCAUCGACUAUAAGUAAUAAUAUAAGAGUUAGUAGUCACCAUUCUGUUACACCAGCCGUUCCCAUUGACGACCCAUUGGGGGUUUUGUAA